AAUUUCUUCUUCUUCGUCUUCCUCAUCUCCCCCCCUGCUCUCUCUCUCUCUCUCUGUAAACUCUCUCUUCUUCUUCUUUAUUUCCUUCACCGGCGCCGUUGAUGAUGGCCUUUAGCUUCAUCUUUCCGAUCUUCUUCUUUUCCUUCAGUGAAGUGGCUCUUUCUUCCUCCGUUUUCUCCUCCGAUCGAUGAGUGCCACUUUCGAAGCCCGCUUUCUUCUCUCUCUCAGAUCUCUGCCUGGUUUUCUUCUGCUGCUAUAGAUAACUAUAUUUGAGUAUGUGUGGUGGUCCAGAAAAAUCCAAUUCUGCAUCUACUACUUCGGCAAGAUUACCUAACCCCAAAGACAUGAAUCAUUUAACUGUUGAUUGUGAGGAUUCUUUUUAUAGUUUACUGGAGCUUGCUUCUGACAACGAUGCAGAAGGCUUCAAGAGUAUGAUGGAGUCUGAUUUGUUUUCUCUGAACAAGUCUGGACUCUGGUAUGUUCGUCAAAAAGGUUCAAAACAAGUUGUUAAUGAGCACAGAACGCCUCUUAUGGUUGCUGCCACAUAUGGUUGUGUUGAUGUUCUGAAGCUUAUACUAUCAUAUCCUGAGGUUGAUGUUAAUCUCUCAUCUGGCACAGAUAAGAGCACUGCUCUCCACUGUGCUACUUCCAGUGGUUCUGUGAAUGCUGUUGAUAUUGUCGAUUUGCUAUUAUCUGCUGGUGCUGACCCGAAAACCAAGGAUGUUAAUGGUGACCGCCCCGUGGAUGUCAUUUUCGUUCACCCGAAAUUGCAGAAGCAGAACACAAGGUUCAGGCUUGAGGAGCUUCUCAAUAAUCAUUCAAGUGGAUCUUUGGAUGUGUCCUGUUUACAUUUGUCAAUCAAAACGCCUGAUUCAGAGUCACCGCCACUUUCCUCGUCGUUGGAGGAUGAGUUUCGAUCUACACCCAAGUCUAUUUCUUCUCCCAAAUUUACUGAUGGGUUUGCAAACUCUACAAAGGAGAAAAAAGAAUAUCCAAUUGACCCAUCACUUCCUGACAUCAAGAACAGCAUAUAUGCAACUGAUGAGUUUCGUAUGUUUUCUUUCAAGGUGAGACCUUGUUCUCGGGCGUAUUCUCAUGAUUGGACCGAGUGUCCUUUUGUCCACCCAGGGGAGAAUGCCCGCAGAAGAGACCCAAGGAAGUUUCACUACAGCUGUGUUCCUUGCCCUGACUUUAGAAAGGGGGCUUGCAGGCAUGGGGAUAUGUGUGAAUAUGCACAUGGAGUAUUCGAGUGUUGGCUUCACCCAGCACAGUAUCGAACUCGCCUUUGCAAGGAUGGCACCAGUUGCAAUAGGAGGGUCUGCUUCUUUGCUCACACUAACGAAGAACUAAGGCCAUUGUAUGUGUCCACUGGAUCUGCUGUCCCGUCCCCACGAUCAAUUGGAUCUGCUCCAACUGUAAUGGAUAUGGCUACUGCAUUGGGUCUUCUGCCUGGUUCCCCUUCAUCAGUGUCAGCUUUAUCUCCAUCUCCAUUUACUCAGACCAUGUCUCCCUCUUCUAAUGGUGUUUGUCACUCUUCUGUGAACUGGCAGCAACCAAAUGUACCGACUCUUCAUUUACCAGGAAGUAACCUUCAAUCCAGCCGAUUGAGGUCGUCUCUGAAUGCCAGGGAUAUGCCUCUGGAAGAUUUGAACGUCCUGCCUGACUUCAACAGUCAGCCACGGAUUUUGAAUGAUUUGAACUGUUUCUCUCAGCCUUGUCCGACUCCUGUGUCUGUGAGCCGAUCUGGCUGGACCCAAACUCUAUCUCCUAACAAUCUUGAAGAAUUAUUUUCUUCUGAGAUCUCUUCGUCUCCUAGAUUCUCCGAUCCAGCUGCCAAUGUCUUUUCCCCUACGCGCAAAUCAACAAUGCUAAACCAAUUCCAGCAGCAGCAGCAGAACAUGUUAUCACCUAUCAAUACAAGCAUUAUGUCCCCUAAGAAUGUUGAUCAUCAUUUGUUGCAGGCCUCUUAUGGAGUUUCAUCCCCGGGAAGGAUGUCGCCAAGAAACACCGAGCCACAUUCACCUAUGGGAUCUAGGUUCUCCGCCUUCGUACAGCGUGAAAAGCAUAAUCUGCGCACUCUCAGUUCAUGGGAGCUUGGAUCUAAUGUCCCAAGCUCAUUGAUCGGAUCUCCUAUCAAUUCUUUGCCUAAAUGGGGGUCCCCCAAUGGAAAGGUGGAUUGGUCGGUUGGUAAGAAUGAACUGGGUCAACAAAUGCGAAGGUCAUCUUCUUUUGAAAUGGGAAAUAACGGGGAGGAGCCUGACUUAUCAUGGGUUCAAACCCUUGUGAAGGAAUCCCCACCUGAGAUGCUUAAAGAGAAGCUGGCAGUGCCUGGGAGGGGCGGUGCAGCAUCCGGUGAGGGUCUAACUACUACUAAACCACAAUUAGAAUCCACUGAUCAUUCUGUGAUUGGAGCUUGGCUUGAGCAGAUGCAGCUUGAUCAGCUUGUAGUGUAGCAAGUACAACAACAACAACAACAACAUAAAAUUCUUUCUGGGUAAAGGUAAGGUAAGGUAAAAGGUGAAGCUGAAGAUGAUGAUGGUGGAGAGAGGAAGGGUUGGAAGAAGGGUCAGAUUGAUUGAUUGAUUACUCUAUUCCUACAAGGAUCAUUCAAUUACUUACCAUUCAUUAUUUUACAUCAGUCAGCGAGUCAGUCGGUGAAGUCUCUGGGCCAAAAUAUUAAGAAAACUCGUCCAGGUUCUAUUAUAUUUCUCUAUCCAUUUUCUGCAAUUUCAUUUCCAAUUCCAACAAAGGCUUCUUGAUUCAAAAGCUGUAGAAACCAAGAGCUUUUUUCUUUUGUUCUUUUUUUUUUUCCAUCUAUUUAAAUUUUUUCCAUCCAUAUAUGAAACAAAAAGAAGAGGGGAAGGGGAGGAUAUGUACUGCCAAAGAUUGUCCAAUUUGUCGAGAGUUUCCUCUUAUUAUAUAAUAUUGAUGUAAAACUUUGAAUCUGAAGUUAUUUUUUCUUUU